AUGACAUUUGGCCGUAACAUUCCAGUUUCGCAGACGACACGAGCAGGCAAGAUGAAGCGGGCUCUGCAUCAGCAUCUUGUGGCGAGAAAGCUGGGCGCCGACGCCGCGACCAUCGGCCGCACUGGCGGGGAGAAGGGCACCUUCUCCCCGCCCACCUCCGUCCUUGGGCACGGUGACCACGUGGGGACCGGCCCGACAGCUCAGCCCUGCACGGCCCGGCCGUUUGACGAGAUGCCCGGACCGAGAGGACUGCCUCUAAUUGGAUCAUUGAUGGAUUACACCCCUUUAGGUCCCUUCAGCUUGAAAAAGCUCCACGAGUCAUUUUUCGAGCGCUACAGGCAGUUUGGGAAAAUCUCCAAGGAGACCAUCGGAAACAAGUGCUUCGUUAGUGUGUACGAUCCGCGCGACAUCGAGACACUGUUCCGCACCGAGGGCCCCAACCCCAGCUGGAUGCAGCUCAUGGCCCUGGGCGAGGUCCGCAAGAGACUGGGAAAAUCCAUGGGGAUGAUCAACGAAUCGGGAGAGAAAUGGCGACAGCUUCGCUACGCAGCUCAGUCCAAGCUUCUCGACCCGAAGAGCGUCUGCUGCUUCGCCCCCGUGCUGGACGACAUCGCGCAGGGUUUCGUGGACAAGAUGCGUGCGGGAAGAACCUCGACAUUUGAACCCUCGAUUGACAUGGACGCAGAGCUCCGGAAGUGGUCAUUGGAAUCGGUGGUGUCGGCAACCCUGGGAAUACGGCUCGGCUGUCUGCAGACCGAUCGGCAAGAUCCCGACAAGGACACGGAGGACCUCCUCGAAAGCAGCGAAGCCUUCUUGGAGACAUGGCCGACGCUGGAACUCGGACCGCCUCUUUACAUGCUGUACCCAACCAAGACGUGGAGAAAGUUUCUUCGAGCCAAUGAACAGUGGCUAAGUGCGGCCAGCAGGAUGAUUGACAGAUCUUUGGACCGCAAUGAGAGUCCACGAGAUCCCUUGCAGCCGGAAGUGACGUUGCUGGAACACAUUGUGACCCGGAAGGAGUUGACUCCGGACGACAUUGUCAUGAUCAUCACCGAGCUGAUCUUUGCCGGCAUCGAAUCGUCAGCGUUUGCAAUGACGUACAAUCUUUACACGAUGGCGAAGAACCCGGCCGUGCAAGAGAACGCCAGAAGAGAGGUUCACGCGGCGGUGGGGAGGGGCGGAGAGAUCACACAAGAUGCCCUCAAGUCUUUGAAGUAUGUCAAGGCGUGCAUCAAGGAAACGUUCAGGGUCUUCCCUGUUUUCUCGAUGAGAAAUCGUAUCCUGGAUAGAGAGAUCGUGUUGUCUGGAUACAGGGUGCCACCGAACGUGAUCAUCCGGGUGUUGUCUCACGUGACCGGGCAGGUGCCGGAAUACGUGCCGGAGCCGGACAGAUUCUUGCCCGAGCGGUGGCUGAGAGACGACCCGACCCUGCCCAAGCCGCAUCCCUUCGCCGUCAGACCCUUCGGUGUGGGCAGCAGGAGCUGUAUCGGACAGCGGCUGGCGGAACAAGAGCUGGUCAUACUGCUGGCAAAGGUGUGUACCACAUCAUCUCAGUCUGCCAACUUGACCUUAGUGUCAAUUUGCGGUAACCAGAUCUCCCUUUAA